AUGCAGAAAUCCGAGACGGUAGACGGCGUAGACCACAUCGGUGGAUCGUUCUUCAUGCAGUUGACCAUGAACCUGACCGAUCUCAUGGCAACUCCAGGAUCGACCGUCUUCCGAUACAAAUGGCGGGGCACGCGAGUCAUCUUGCUUCGACAAGACAAGUCCGUUCUUCCGACUCCCCAAGCCUCGCUCAAGACAAUAAGCACGGAAUGCUUCCAGUCGGCCAUUGUCGAAUCGACCUGCGGACUCAACGUCACCUGCAUUUGUGCGGACAAGACGUUUCACGAUGUAGCAUUUGACUGUGUCCUCGGCGCGUGCUCGGUCCCUGACGCACUGGAGGUGGCCCGGGUCGAAGCAGAGGCAUGCGAGAGGCCAACCCGGUCUAGGAGGCAGGACACGCUCAUUCCAUUAGUACUGUACUUUCCGGCUUGGAUCGCGCCCUGGUUGCGUUUAUACUCGAGGUGGACGACGUGCGACAGACUGGCCGUGGACGACUACAUGAUGAGUGUCUGUGGCGUCUUCUACACGGUGUUUGCGGUGCUUGGCCAGGUCACGGGUUACAUGGCUUUUGGCGUCGACACAUGGACCGUGGGGAUUGACAAGGUCUCCAAGGGGCUCAAGAUUUUUUACGUGGACGAGAGCUUCUACCUGUUCUGCCUCAGUCUGACCAAGGUCUCGAUGAUCUUCUUUUACCUGCGGGUCUUCCCGAACCGUGGCUUUCGGUACGCCGCGUUCGCCACCAUGGCCUUUGUCAUCGUCCCUACCGUGGUCCUGAUCUUUGCACAGAUCUUCCAGUGCUCCCCGAUUCACUUGGUCUGGGAUGGCUGGGCCGACAGGUCGCAGGCGGACCACUGCAUCAAUAUCAACGCGCUCGCCUACACGGCGGCCUCGUUCAGUAUCGCGCAGGAGCUGGCCCUCCUGGUGCUACCCCUGCCGCUGCUCAUCGGGCUGAACAUGGGGCUUAAGCAAAAGGCCGGCAUCAUCCUCAUGUUCUCUCUGGGCGUCUUUGUGGUGAUCACGUCGUGUGUGCGCCUGCGAUAUAUUGUCUACUUUGGCCACACGGUGAAUCCGUCCUGGGACUUGACGGACCCUCUCAUCUGGUCUGGCAUUGAGGUUUCCGUGUCCAUCAUCAUUGCCUGCCUGCCGGCCAUCCGUGUGCUCAUCAUUCGUAUCAUCCCGGGGCUGCUCAGCUCCUUGGGGAGCCGCGGGCCGAGCGACAAGAACGGCUAUGUCAAGGAAAGCUCGGGCUUCUCCGCGCAACGAUCGACCAACAGCCGACACAAGCUCCAGCGCCGGAGGAGCGUCAACCUCUUCGCUUCCCGCGAACGCGACGGCGGCGGCGACGAUGGCAACGACAACAGCAACGGCAGCGAGGUCGAGCUGGGGCUGCAGCUCGGGGACAAGAUCCGAGGCGACGUGCAGACGGAGAUCUACGGGGCGCAAGACACUGAUUCGGACAAGGCGGAUCAGGGAAUACGCAUCAACACGACCACGCGGAUGGACGUGCAUGAGUUUGAAAUGGAGCCGCGGCGGCGAGCCUGA